UGGAGGUACCGGAAGGGAUUGUGCUGUCAAUUGUUUGGUGCUGGUGUAUAAUUAGUGAUCUCUUCUAGUUCAGGGAUUCUACAAUUGAAUAUUAAUGUACCUGAGAAAGUGAAGAAUACGAAUAGCAGUGCUGACACAAUAUGGAUUUUCAAAACCGCCCUGGUGGUAAAACUGGAGGAGGUGGACAGGCAUCAUGGUCGGAAACCAACAGAGAUCGUCGGGAACGUCUCCGUCAGCUAGCACUUGAAACUAUUGAUUUAAACAAGGAUCCAUAUUUUAUGAAAAACCAUUUAGGUUCUUAUGAAUGUAAACUUUGUCUUACACUUCAUAACAAUGAGGGAAGUUAUUUGGCCCAUACACAAGGCAAGAAACAUCAAGCCAAUCUUGCACGUAGAGCAGCCAAGGAAGCGAAGGAAUCACCUCAACAGCCUGCCCCAGAAAAACCAAGAGUUGAGCCUAAGAAAUUUGUUAAGAUUGGUCGCCCUGGAUACAGAGUCACUAAGCAGCGUGAGCCUGAAAGCAGUCAGCAGAGUUUGCUUUUUCAGAUUGAUUAUCCAGAAAUAGCAGAGGGAAUAGCCCCUCGACAUCGUUUCAUGUCUGCAUACGAACAGAAAGUUGAACCUCCUGACAGGAAAUGGCAGUACUUGCUGUUUGCUGCAGAACCCUAUGAAACCAUUGCUUUCAAGGUCCCAAGUCGCGAGGUGGAGAAAACAGAAGGCAAAUUUUGGACCCACUGGAACAAAGAUACAAAGCAGUUUUUUCUUCAGUUUGCUUUCAAGAAUGAUCCGAAGCAGCAGCCCCAAGCUAGACCUCCACCUCCCCCCACACCACCUAUAGGACCCCCUGGACCACCUCCUAACCUACCACCACCACCCAUGCCUCCUCCUCCUCUGGGACAUCCUCCACCUCCCCCAAGACCACUAAUGCCACCUGGUAUGCCUCCCCCACCUCCCCUGUUUAACCCAGUACCACCACCUCCACCCAAACUAGGGAAUCUUCCUGUCCCUCCACCUCCCCCAAAGAUGAAUUGAAGAUCCUCCUUUGAAAUGAUGCAGCUUGGAUGAAUGUUUAUAUGGAACCAGUAAGAAAAUGGUGUUUGCCUGUUUUCAGAAGUGAGGAAUUUGAUUUCAUUUUCAAGUAUCAGGGCAUGCUUCUCUCCCGUGUAAUAUCCCUUUGCAUUCUGUAGUAUGGGACAGCUGAUUAGGAUGCUAGUCUUUACACUUUUUCAGGACAAGAAAUCCUGUUCAUUUGCAUAUUCCAGUCUCCUGGGUUAUGAUAUGGUGUCUUUUUUAGAUGGUUACUGUUUUGGAGGAACCUGCUGUCUUAGUUUUCUGCCUUGGAGCUGUUAACCAUCUUCCUACAAAAUGUCAUACGCCAGGAGAUCACAGUCUUAGUUUUCUGAAAACCUCAAAUCUUAUAGACAGUGCCACGUAACUUUGAACAAGGCCACGCAUUCCUAGUCAAAUCCCAUGCAUGGAUUGUGGUGGGAGGAGUUUUUUAACAUUCAUUCUUCCACUUUCACCAACCCCUGGUGUUUCAUUGAAACUACCCUAUUCUCUAUUUGAAGAACAUAUUACAAUAAUACAAAUAUAUUGCCACUCGUCAUACAAAGAAAAAUACAUUUAAUAUGUAUUACUUGCAAAGA